AUGGCCUCAGCCGGUGGUCUGACGCGCCGAAGAGGAGGCGGUCGAGUCGGCGGAGAUGACGAUAACAGCAGCCGAGUGUCCUCCCCGACUCCCCGAAACGGGACAUACGACAGUCGAAUACCGGAGACCUCUUAUACUGGGGGAGAAAAUGGUCACAAGAUUGCCUUUGAUCCCAGAGAUAUCAGUGAGAGUGAGGAGCGGAGCAAGCAGCCCAAGCUGACGCUGAUGGAAGAGGUGUUGCUGUUGGGACUAAAAGACAAGCAAGGCUACUUAUCUUUCUGGAAUGAAAAUAUCUCGUACGCUCUACGAGGAUGCAUCGUUAUCGAAUUGGCUUUCAGGGGCCGCAUAAGCAUGCAGAAGGAUUCUUCUCGACGACGAUUUCCGUUGGCCGAUAGGGUGAUCGAAGUGAUCGACGACACACUGACUGGAGAGGUCUUGCUGGACGAGGCGCUAAAAAUGAUGAAAUCAAGCGAGAAGAUGAGCGUCAGCUCUUGGAUUGACCUGAUGAGCGGCGAAACAUGGAACUUGAUGAAGAUUGGCUAUCAGCUGAAGCAAGUGCGCGAGCGUCUCGCGAAGGGGCUUGUGGACAAAGGCAUCCUCCGUACUGAGAAGCGCAACUUCCUGCUGUUCGACAUGGCCACCCACCCUGUCGCCGACUCAGGUGCUAAAGAAGAUCUCUAUCGGCGGGUCCGCAGCGUGUGUAGUAACCGCACCGUGAUUCUGCCUCCGACUUCGUGGCUCCCAGAAGACGUCGAGUUCCGAUAUUUGCGGACGAUAUGCAUGGUUUGUGCUGCCUACGCGGCCAAUGUGCUGGAGAACGCACUGGUCACGAUGAGCCAUGAGGCUCGAGAGCGGGCCUUUGCUCAGGUGGACGAGUUACUAGCGGAAUACUCACAGUGGCCUUUUGGCCGGCGGAGUGGCGGCUCGCAAGGCAUUGGCGCGAACCUGGCGCAGGCCGUCAACGAGGAGAUCAACAAGGCAAAGGACCGGGAGCUCCAGCUGGAGGUCAUCGCUGCAUGUUUAAGCGUAUUUACCAGGCUCGAUUCCCUGCUUUGA